GUGGGAGCGGGGUCGGCGCAGUGCCUCUGCGCCCCUAGCCCUGCAGUCUGUUCGCUCGCCGUCCUCUCGCCCGCCGCGAUGUUGCGCGUCGCCGCCCGCCUCGGGCCCCGCCUGGGCCACCGCCUCUUGUCCGCCGCUGCCACCCAGGCCGUGCCCGCCCCCAACCAGCAGCCCGAGGUGUUUUGCAACCAGAUCUUCAUAAACAAUGAAUGGCAUGAUGCCGUCAGCAGGAAAACAUUCCCCACGGUCAAUCCGUCCACUGGAGAGGUCAUCUGUCAGGUAGCUGAAGGGGACAAGGAAGAUGUGGACAAGGCAGUGAAGGCUGCCCAGGCGGCCUUCCAGCUAGGCUCACCAUGGCGCCGCAUGGAUGCAUCACACAGGGGCCGACUGCUGAACCGCCUGGCUGAUCUGAUCGAGCGGGACCGGACCUACCUGGCAGCCUUGGAGACCCUGGACAAUGGCAAGCCCUAUGUGAUCUCCUACCUGGUGGAUUUGGACAUGGUCCUCAAAUGUCUCAGGUAUUAUGCCGGCUGGGCUGAUAAGUACCACGGGAAAACCAUUCCUAUUGACGGAGACUUCUUCAGCUACACCCGCCAUGAACCUGUGGGGGUGUGUGGGCAGAUCAUUCCGUGGAAUUUUCCACUCCUGAUGCAAGCGUGGAAGCUGGGCCCAGCCUUGGCGACUGGAAAUGUGGUUGUGAUGAAGGUAGCUGAGCAGACACCCCUUACUGCCCUCUAUGUGGCCAACCUGAUCAAGGAGGCCGGCUUUCCCCCUGGUGUGGUUAACAUUGUUCCUGGAUUUGGCCCUACCGCCGGGGCUGCUGUUGCCUCCCAUGAGGGUGUGGACAAAGUGGCAUUCACAGGCUCCACCGAGACUGGCCGCCUAAUCCAGGUAGCUGCCGGGAAUAGCAACCUCAAGAGAGUGACCCUGGAGCUAGGGGGCAAGAGCCCCAAUAUCAUCAUGUCAGAUGCCGACAUGGACUGGGCCGUGGAGCAGGCCCACUUUGCCCUGUUCUUCAACCAGGGCCAGUGCUGCUGUGCCGGCUCCCGGACCUUUGUGCAAGAGGACAUCUAUGAUGAGUUUGUGGAGCGGAGCGUUGCCCGGGCCAAGUCUCGGGUGGUCGGGAACCCCUUUGACAGUAAGACUGAGCAGGGGCCGCAGGUGGAUGAAACUCAGUUUAAGAAGAUCCUUGGCUACAUCAAUUCUGGGAAACAAGAAGGGGCAAAGCUGCUGUGUGGUGGGGGCGUUGCUGCCGACCGUGGCUACUUUAUCCAGCCCACUGUGUUUGGAGAUGUGCAGGAUGGCAUGACCAUCGCCAAGGAGGAGAUCUUUGGGCCAGUGAUGCAGAUUCUGAAGUUCAAGACCGUGGAGGAAGUUGUCGGGAGAGCCAACAAUUCCACGUAUGGGCUGGCCGCGGCUGUCUUCACAAAGGACUUGGACAAGGCCAAUUACCUGUCCCAGGCCCUCCAGGCAGGCACCGUGUGGGUCAACUGCUAUGACGUGUUUGGUGCCCAGUCACCCUUUGGUGGCUAUAAAAUGUCAGGGAGUGGCCGGGAGCUGGGGGAGUACAGCCUUCAGGCGUACACCGAAGUGAAAACUGUCACAGUCAAAGUGCCUCAGAAGAACUCCUAAGAACCACGAGGGCUUCCUUCCUCAGCCAUUGAUCAAAAGUUCAACAAGAUCAGCAACAAAGCCAAGAAAAAUGAUCCUUGCAUGCUGAAUAUCUCAAAAGAGAAAAUCUUCCCACAAAAUCUCUUGGGUCAAGAAAGUUCUCGAAUUUGAAUUGAUAAACAUGGUGGGUUGGUUGAGGGUAAGAGUAUAUCGGGAACCUUUUAAACGGCAACAAUACUGCUAGCUUUUGGGGUGAUUUUUUAAAAAUAGAUUCAAAUGUCUUAUCCUCUCUCUGAAAUGCUUCCUGUAACUUGAGUUUAUGGGGGAAGAAAAAGCCAUUGUUUAAAAUUAUAUCAGCAUCAGGGCAUCUGUUACACCCUGUUUUGUAUUCUGGGCUCAGAUUCAUUAAAAACAAGCUGCUCUUAACUUA